GAAUCCUUGUACAUUCUCCGUCCACAUCUCGAAUUAGCUAGCUAGUAGCAUACCAAACCCCACAUCCAAAGAUUCAUUUCAACAUGGCAAUCUUGUCAACUUUUGGUCCUUUGGCCAUUCUUAGUUUAGUUCUGGUAAUUGGGGUCAUUGUCACUGGGGCUGAAGCUAGGCCAAGGGCAUUCUUUGUAUUUGGAGAUUCAUUAGUUGAUAAUGGAAAUAACAAUUACUUGGCCACAACUGCACGUGCUGAUGCUCCUCCUUAUGGAAUUGAUUAUGCUCCAACUCAUAGACCAACUGGUCGUUUCUCCAAUGGCUACAACAUUCCUGAUCUUAUCAGUCAACGACUUGGUGCUGAGUCUACAUUGCCAUACUUGAGUCCAGAAUUAAAUGGAAACAGACUCUUAGUUGGUGCCAAUUUUGCUUCUGCUGGAAUUGGAAUCCUUAAUGACACUGGAAUUCAGUUUGUAAACAUAAUCAGGAUGUAUAGACAGCUAGAGUAUUUUCAAGAGUACCAAAGAAGAGUGAGUGCUAUAAUUGGAGCUUCAGAGGCAAAGAGUCUGGUGAAUCGAGCACUGGUUCUCAUCACUUGUGGUGGCAAUGAUUUCGUAAACAACUACUACUUGGUGCCAAAUUCAGCAAGGUCUCGCCAAUACCCACUGCCUCAAUAUGUCAAGUAUCUCAUCUCUGAAUACCAAAAGCUUUUGCAGAGGCUAUAUGAUCUUGGAGCUCGUAGAGUUCUUGUGACAGGCACAGGACCAUUGGGUUGUGUUCCUUCAGAAUUGGCCCAACGUGGCAGAAAUGGACAAUGUGCUCCUGACCUUCAAAGAGCUGCAGGAUUGUUUAACCCACAACUUGAACAAAUGUUACUACAACUCAACAGGAAAAUUGGAAGUGACGUUUUCAUUGCUGCAAACACAGGAAAAAUGCACAACAACUUCAUUAGUAACCCUCAACAAUUUGGUUUUGUUACAUCAAAAGUAGCAUGUUGUGGGCAAGGACCUUACAAUGGUCUAGGGUUGUGCACACCACUCUCCAACCUUUGUCCUAACAGAGACUUGUAUGCAUUUUGGGAUGCAUUCCAUCCUUCUGAAAAGGCCAACAGGCUCAUUGCGGAGGAAAUCAUGUCAGGCUCUAGAACCUACAUGAACCCAAUGAACCUCAGCACCAUCUUAGCUUUGGAUGCUAUCAACACAUGAAGAUAUAUGCCAACAAAUCUAUGCACUUUCUAAUGACCUUUUGCAUGCUAGUUUCAUCUUGUCGUCCCUCGCUGCUUUUCAUUAUUUAUUGUAAUUGUGAUUUCAUUUCAUAUUCCUCAACAUCUAAUUGGGGAAUUACAAAAUUAGAGGAAGUCAGAAAUUAACUUCCAUUUUGCAUAAAAUUACAAUAGUGGGAAGUACUAAGUAAUUCCUUUGUCUCAGAUUCUCAAUAAAAUUAAUAUGCUCUUUUAA